AUCUUUUGCAGUGGUGCUGAGGUGCUGGUGUUCACGGAGCCAUCAAACCGGGUUAUCCAUUACGUGGUCGCCACCGAUGACGAUUCUGGCCCAAACGCUGCCAUUUCUUACGACCUGAUCUCCGAUCCCACCGAUUGCUUCGGUAUCGACCACAAGACUGGUGCACUAUCGAUGCUGCGACGUCCUCCAUCCAGUGAUUCCACCAUAGUUGUUCGUGCCAGCGACGAGGGAACACCGUCACUUUUUGUCGAUCAGACCCUUACAAUACGGCUGACAAGUGACAGUAAGAAAUGGAAUUAUUUUGAUGACGACGAGGUUGAAGUGACGAUAGCAGACACGGCACCGGCAGGAACAACUAUUGCAACGCUUAGCCUAGACGGUGCUGGUGUUCACGGAGCCAUCAAACCGGGUUAUCCAUUACGUGGUCGCUACCGCGAUGAUGAUUCUGGCCCAAACGCUGCCAUUUCUUAUGACCUGAUCUCCGAUCCCACUGAUUGCUUCGGUAUCGACCACAAGACUGGUGCACUAUCGAUGCUGCGACGUCCUCCGUCUAGUGAUUCCACCAUAGUUGUUCGUGCCAGCGACGAGGGAACACCGUCACUUUUUGUCGAUCAGACCCUUACAAUACGG